AUGUCAUCAACAGCUGUAGAAGACUCCUUAAGCCCUCCAUCAUCCCCUAAUAGGACAAACCAUCAGAGAAAGAGGAGAAGAAGAAGGAGAAGCAGCACAAACUCUAUGAUGUCUUAUGAUCAAAAAAAUCCCAGAUACGUACCACCUUGGACCACUCCUUAUGUAAUUGGUAUUGGUGGUCCAUCAGGUUCUGGAAAGACAAGUGUGGCUUCAAAAAUUGUAUCAAUGAUAAACGUUCCUUGGACAGUUCUAAUAUCGUUAGACAAUUUUUAUAAACCAUUGACAGCCGAAGAAUCAAAGAGAGCUUACAGGAGUGAGUACGAUUUUGAUGAACCUGCUGCAAUUGAUUUGGAUUUAGCUUACAAAUGCAUUUCUGAUUUGAAAGAGGGAAAGAAAACCGAUAUUCCGAUAUAUAGUUUUGUCAAUCAUAACAGGGUCCCCGGCAAGACUAUCCCGAUUUAUGGGGCAAGUGUCGUCAUCUUGGAGGGAAUAUACGGGUUAUACGAUAAAAGGCUGUUAGACUUGAUGGAUAUUAAGAUUUAUGUGGAUGCGGAUUUAGACGUAUGUCUGGCAAGGAGAUUAAGUCGUGACAUUGUUUCUCGAGGACGAGACUUAAAUGGAUGCAUUGAUCAAUGGGAAAGAUUUGUGAAACCAAACGCAGUUAAGUAUGUGAAACAAACGAUGAAAAAUGCUGAUGCUAUUAUUGCAUCUAUGGGUGAAAAUACUAUUGCAGUAACACUACUGGUAGACCAUAUUAAAUCGAGGUUAGAUGCGAAGUCGGAGAAACAUAUCAAAGAAUUGAAUAGAUUAUGUGAAAUAUCAUCAGGUCAUAAAUAUAUUACGUUUUCUAGUAAUCCUAAAGUCAUGGAACUCGAGCAGACUCCCCAGGUUAAAGUGAUAUUGACAAUGAUUGUGGACAAGGACAUUGACCGCGAUAGCUUCGUUUUCUACAUUGAUCGAUUUGCUAUGAUUUUGCUAUCAAGGGCACUCGAUGAUCUGCCGGUACAUAGACAAGAAUCUUUAACUACAUCUUCAGGAUACCAUAUUAAUAAUGCUUUAAAAUGCAAUUUUGAUCAAAUAACAUCUGUAAGUCUGAUCCGAUCUGGUGAUUGCUUCAUGAAAUCCGUCAGGAAGACUAUUCCAAGUAUAACUAUUGGCAAGCUGUUAAUCCAAUCAGAUUCUCUUACUGGUGAACCACAAUUGCAUGGUGAAUUUUUACCAAAAAAUAUAUCGGAGUUCCAAAAGAUUUUAGUUUUACAAGGACAAGUCAUUACAGGGACGUCAACAUUAAUGGCCAUACAAGUGUUACUUGAUUAUGGUGUCAGACCGGAGAACAUGACAUUGACUGUGUUUCUUGCAACAGAGAUCGGGUUGAAAAGAAUCAUUAAUGCCUUUGGGAAUAAGAUAGCUAUUGUCGUAGGUAAAAUUAUUAUGAACCAGGAUAUGAAGCAGAGUCAUAUGAAAUGGGCAUCCUCAAGAUUUGUAGAUACUAAAUAUUUUGGGUGUAAAUAA